AUGGCAUCCACGGAUGCGUUCGAGUCGAUUCCAGAUGAUCCAGCCAGCCUCCCCGCCGCGGGGCUUUCAGCCUUCAUGGGACAGCCGCCUGCGACACGGCACGACUACUACAUCAUCAAAGGCCUUUUCCGUAUGGUUGGGAUGAAUGAUGCCAACCCAAUGAAGGGUUACUUUCUUGCAGCCAAACCUCCGGCGGACUACACAUACGAGACGAGGCUAUCCAGCAUUCUGGCGGGUCUCAUCUUUGUUAUUCUGGCCAUCGCGAUUCCCACGGCCGGGAGGGUCGGACUGAGGUUGAAGAGGGGCUCGACGAUGCAAUUCGGAUGGGAUGACUGGACAAUAAUCAUCGCAGCAAUCACGUCACUCGCAGCAGGCGCGGCCGCCGUCCACACGUGGGAAGUCACGUACGAGCAGUAUAACUUCGGCAUGGUCGUUGCUAUGACUAGCAAGACGACAUUCUACGUAGCUGUGGGCAUAAUCAAGCUAUCAAUUGCCAUCUUCAUUCGUCGAAUGGCAGAUCACAUCAACCGCUGGUGGCAGUUUUCGUGGGACAUUUUCAUGGGCUCAUUGGUUGCCUAUGUGAUGCUGGCAAUUUUCUAUAACGUAUUCGCCUGCAAUCCGCCAGCGGUUCAAUGGGACUUGGCCUUGCGUGGACGUCUCGAGCCCGUGCCCGUAUGCAUAGACUUGGGGGUACAGUCCAAGGUCCUAAGUGGCAUCCAUGUUGCUCAGGGACUCACGCUGCUGCUCACACCAAUCAUCAUCUUGUGGAAAGUCCGGAUGGGCGGGGCGAAGAAGAUUCGUCUUUUCGUUAUCUGGGCAGUUGGCGGCGUGACCGUCCUCGGCGGCCUUCUACGUCAGAUCCGACCUACGAUGACGAACGACUUUACUUGGGAUUAUGUUGAGGUCUUGGUGUGGACAUGUCUAGAUCUAUCGCUCGGAAUGUUGACUGCUUCGCUGCCAGUUUUGGAUGGUCUGUUUGAGAAAUACUGGCAUAAGGCCCAGGCCAGCGUUGUUAAGGCAUGCGGAAGAAGUCAAUCUGAUGGCGGGACGGACAAUGGAACAUGGCAUUACAGCAAGACCUCCGAUACCGACGGGACACAACGGAGCAAAAAGCAUACCGCGAAGUCAUCUAUAACCAUUAUCGCGGAAAUGAGAGAUCGCUCAGAGUCAAGCGAGAGCAUCGUGAAGAAGGAUCAGUUGCGAGAGAACCGUGGUACGGUGAUGGAGAUGAAUAUUCUGCGGACUCAGGAGGUCGAGGUUCACGUAACGCAUGCUGAUGAACACCCGGAGUACAUACCCCAUGAUCCACGAGCCCCUUCGCCUCAAUGGCACAACAGGCCAGAGUGGCACGAAGAGCCUCAGGGAUUGAAGCAGAGAUAA